AAGAAUAGGAAAAAAUUCCAUCCUUCAUCUCAUUGAAUUAUUGUUUUUAUUGAUGUAAAAUAACGUCGUGAGCUGUUUUAGUUUAACAUUUUAAGUGCUAAGUAUCGCAAGUUGAGUGUUUUUAGUUUUUCUGUUAAGCUGCUAUAAACUUAGGAAAAUAUGGAAGAUAAUUCGUCGAGCGAUGACGAGGUUAACGAUUCUCCUGCUAGUCGAAAAAUAAGUGGAAAAAAGUUAAAAUUAAACGAUGGAAGCUCUCAAAACAGCGCCAAGGAUGCAGCUGCGGAGGGUAGUAAUAAUAAAGAAGAGGUAGUUGAUAGUGGUAUAUCCCCAGAUAAAUCGGAAAGUACGAGUAGUGAGGAUCUUUUGUCCGCUUCUGGGCCUUCAAAUGUCGUGGUAAACGUUGGCACAUCUGACAAUAUGGUUCGGGUUAUGAUGCAAAACCUUCGUCACCACAGUCGCGAUAGAAAUUACAGGAAAAGAAAGACUCCAGAUUCCGAUGAGUCUUCCAUGGACUCUGAUGAUUUUGCUAGUGAGGUGGGCUUACCUCCAGAGGAUAAUAAUGGUGAUGGUGAUGAAAUGCAACAUCUUUUGACUAUCAUUUCUCAAGAUUCAUCAAGUUCAAGCUCUAACAGCAGCGGCAGUACAAGUGGCAGCAGUAAUAGUUCUUACAGUAACUACAGCUUUGAGAGUGAUAAUGUCAACUUUCAACCCAUGGACUCCAGUGAUGAUGAUGGUCUCUGGUCUAACAGUCCUAGCAUCAAUGCAGCACUCAUGGACAACAAUGAAGACUUAUUAGGAAACAAUACAGAAGGACUUUUUGGUCCACCCCCUAAAGUACUAUUGAAGGAAAGACCAAAGCAUGAUUAUAUUAUUGUAAGGGAAGUAGUAAACCGUGAGAUGGGUCUGACAUUUCCCUGCGGUAAAACGGCGCAGAGCCCCAUGAAGUUUGAGCAGAAAUUCUAUGGGUCGCUUCAUGCAGUUUAUAGACUUGAAAAACUUCAUAAUCUCAACAAACACCAUGGAUGUGUUAACUCUAUAAAUUUCCACCCCGAGGGUCAUCUUCUAGCAUCGGGUUCGGAUGACAUGAAUGUUGUUGUUUGGGAUUGGGCCCGUAACCGCGCCUUGCAGACUAUAAAAACAGGGCACAGAUCUAAUGUAUUUCAAAGCAAGUUCCUCUAUCUGAAUGCUCGGAGCCAGCUGAAUAUUGUCACUUGUUCCAGGGAUGGUCAGGUGCGACUGGUGCAGUGCGCGCCGAGCGGGGGCAGUAGUGGCGCGGGCGUGGCUCGACGACGACUGGCGACACAUGCGCGCUCUGCACACAAGCUGCAUGUGAGUGCGCAGGCGCCGCAUGAAGUCAUCUCUGCCGGCGAGGACGGCCUCGUGCUGCUCGCAGAUGUGCGCACCGACACACCCACCAAAUUGGUACACGUGCGCCGCGAUGGUCUGACAGUGCCGCUGUACAGUGUGGAUGUGGACUGUACUGGCAACAAGGUGCUGGUGGCUGGUCGUGACCGUUACAUGCACGUGUACGACCGUCGUCGUCCCAGUGCUCCAGCCGCAUCUUACUGCCCCUUCCACAUUGCCAUGAUGAACAACAAGAAGCGACAACAGCCUCUGAACAAGCAUCUGACUUGUGCGAUAUAUAAUCACGAUGGCACCAAAAUAUUGGGUUCAUACAAUGAUGAGGAUAUAUACCUUAUUGAUACCAAACAAGAUGAAUAUAUCGAGGACAGUGACAUGUCAGCUGAAGACGCUGUGGGAUACAGACGGAGGUAUACAGGUCAUCGGAAUAGUGCCACAUUCAAAGGGGUGUCAUUCUUUGGGCCUCGCAGUCAGUAUGUGGUGUCAGGCUCCGAUUGUUCUUAUCUUUACAUCUGGGAUGCGGAAAGUGAAGCCAUAGUUCAAUGGCUGUAUGCUGAUAUUAAUGGAGUUGUGAACUCUAUAGAAGCACAUCCUCGCUUCCCCGUGCUGGCUACCAGCGGUCUAGACAGGGACGUCAAGAUCUGGGUACCUAUAAAGCAAGCUGAUCCUGACUACGAGGGAAUGGAGAAGGUGAUACGCGAGAACAGCGUGACUCUGCGAAGUCCUUUAUUCAACGACUUCCUGCCUGCGAUAUACAGCGCGUGGCGAGAGGACAACCCGCAAGCGCUCGGCAGGAACCUGGACUUCGAUGGCAACGCCUGCACCGCCUUCUAGAACAUUCUGGAAUAUUGUACGAUCAUUUGGAACAUUCUGGAAUGUUGUACGUUCAUUUGGAACAUUCUAGAAUGUUGUAAGAUUAUCUGGAACAUUCUGGAAUGU